UCUUUGUUGCACGAGGUGCAUCGGGAAAACGUGCACUGAAAAUAUCGACAGAAAUAGUUGGAGACUGAGACUCCGGCUGUGAUUUUACUGUGAGAUGGACGGUAAUGCUGAGUUUUAUAAGGAUCUACCGAAGGUGGAGCUUCAUGCUCACCUGAACGGAUCGGUGAGCGUCCAGACUAUGGAGAAGCUCAUCCGGCGGAAACCGCACCUCAACAUUGAACACAGCAUGACGGCCAUCGGCAAAGGCCAGCGGAGGACACUGGACGAAUGUUUUGAGGUCUUCAAGGUAAUCCACAAACUGGUGGACACAGAGGAGGAUAUUCUGAUGGUGGCGACGGAUGUUAUCAAAGAGUUUGCAGCUGAUAAUGUCAAAUAUCUUGAGCUCAGAAGCACACCGAGGGAAGAGAAUCACACCAGUACGAAUCGACUAACAAAAAAGAGUUACAUUGAGACAGUGAUUAAAGCCAUUCAGCAGUGUAAAAACGAGGGAGUGGACAUAGACGUCAGGUUUUUGGUGGCCAUCGAUCGCAGAAAUGGCGCGGAGGUUGCUAUGGAGACAGUGAAGCUGGCUGAAGAGUUCAUGUUGUCGUCCGGAGGUUUGGUGGUGGGAAUUGACCUCAGCGGAGACCCAACGGUUGGACACGGCCGCUGUCUCCUUCCUGCUCUGGAGCGAGCCAGGAACUGCGGGCUGAAGCUGUCGCUGCACAUGGCAGAAGUUCCCUCCCAGCUGGAGGAGUCCGAGUUGCUGCUGAACCUUCCUCCUGACCGGAUCGGUCACGGAACCUUCCUGCAUCCGGAGAUGGGCGGUUCUCAGUCCCUCGUAGACCGAGCGGUGAAAGGCAGGAUUCCUCUGGAAAUUUGCCUGACGUCAAACGUCAAAGGACAAACGGUGCCGAGUUACUCCCAGCACCACUUCAGAUACUGGUACCAGCUGGGACACCCGUGUGUCAUUUGUACGGACGAUAAGGGAGUCUUCUGUACGGACUCGUCUCAGGAAUAUCAGCUGGCUGCGUCCGCCUUCGGUCUGCGUCCUGAGGCGGUGUGGACGCUGUCGGAGCGCGCCGUGGACUGCAUCUUCGCAGGAGACGAAGUGAAGCAGCAGCUCAGACAGAAGUGGACUGAAUUAAAGCCUGGGCUGCUGAAGGGAGCCGAGCUGCAGGCUUAGAGAUCAUCUCUGGGUUUGAUUUUACACUGUAAAAACAAAAUCUUACCAAGUAUUUUUAGUUUAGUUUAAAGUGCAAAUGUCUUAGUUAACUUGAAAUAAGACAAAGUUAACUUACAAGUAACUUUUCAACAAGAUCAAAAAUUAGUUCCACUGGCAGAUUAUUUCACUUAUAACAAUACGUUUUUCCCAUAAGUGACAUAAUCUGCCAGUGGCACUAGAUACUAACGGGGCAGGAUUAUGUAAAAUCAACUUGGCUCCUCAGACUAGCUAGCAGCAAUUAGCAAACACCUUAUAGAACUGCUGAGCUCAUAGCAGCUACUUCUCAGUGAAACGCUGGUAAACAUUUUGCUAAAAGGUUAAUAGAGGAGCCAUGAUGUGAUGACUUUAUGAAGGCGGAGCUUCAGGAAGAGCAGGAGUUUUUAAAGAGACAGAGGUUCGGCCUCAAGGCGUUAAAUUACUACAUUUUUUAAUGUCAUUUUAAAUAUAUAUUUCAAUUUUAUAACAAGUUAAUUCUGCUACAAAAAGGUACUAUGUGGCUAGAAAAUACAUAAUACUGCAACUUAAAAAAAUUGACUUAAAACAAGCUCCUAUAGUUGCUGUAAAGUUCCUUGUAAGUUACUUUUGUCUUAUUUCAAGUGAACUAAGCUGUUUGCACUAGAAACUAGAACAAAAAUACUUGGUAAGAUUGAGUUUUUUGCAGUGUGCUGAAAUACAAAACAAAACUGUAAAAUAUAAAAUGUUUAAUACAUUGAGGCAAAGUGUUAUUUUUGCUGUUUUACAGCGUUGUACGGGUUCCUUAUGCAAAGUGUAGAAAUUAACUCAACAAGGAGCAGAAAUAAUAUUAAAAAUAAAAAAAAUUAUGCAUC